AUGCGGAGAGUGUCGCAGCUAUUCUACCUAGCGGUCUUCUCGCUGCUAGGUAGCUCACAAUGCUCUUCACAACUACAUACAAAAGAGCCCACGAAGUCUGCAGACCCGCCUCCCAAUGUCUGCGCAUUUGAGCCUGGUGCCAUUGUAUCAGAUGCCUGCGCCUCAUAUUCCCAAGUCGAGGAUCUGAACGAGUCCCUUCGCCCAUUCGUGCACGACAUCACACAAAACACCGACUUCUUCUCCUACUACCGCCUCAACCUCUACAACAAAAAAUGCCCCUUUUGGUCCGACGAAAACGGGAUAUGCGGGAACAGAGCUUGCGCUGUAAACACCCUAGACAACGAGGAGGACAUACCGCUCGUGUGGCGCGCCGAAGAGCUAGGCAAGCUCGAAGGGCCUAAGGCGCACCACCCGGGUAAGAGGCUGCAAGAAGAGCGCAAGGCGCGGCCGCUACAAGGCGAAUUAGGGGAGGAUGUGGGCGAGAGCUGCGUAGUGGAGUACGACGAUGAGUGCGAUGAGCGCGACUACUGCGUUCCGGAGGACGAGAGUGCCACAGCAAAAGGCGACUAUGUCAGUCUGGUUGACAACCCGGAGCGCUUCACCGGCUAUACAGGCGAAGGGGCACACCAAGUAUGGGAGGCGAUCUACCGCGAGAACUGUUUCUCGACGCCCCAUCUGAACGCCAAGCCGCUCUCCGCACCGCCAUCCUCGCCCUUCGGCGGCUUCACUGGCGCGCAGGCGCAGGCGGCGAUGGAUCUCCGUCACGUCAUGAAAGAGCAGCAAGAGAAACAGGGUGUCAAGAAGGCCAUCGCCCAGGGCUCCGCGCCCGCUCACCCAAUCUCCGAUCUAGAGUUCGAAGACGAAUGCCUCGAGAAGCGCGUCUUCUACCGGGUCAUCAGCGGGAUGCACGCCUCCAUCAGCACGCACCUGUGCUGGGAGUGGCUAAACCAAACAACCGGCGAGUGGCAGCCGAACCUCUCCUGCUACGAAAACCGGCUCCACAACCAUCCCGAGCGGAUCUCGAACCUGUACUUCAACUACGCGCUCGUCCUCCGCGCCGUCGGGAAGCUGAAACAGCACGUCCAGUCCUACUCCUUCUGCAGCUCCGACCCGAUCCAGGACCGCGAGACCAAACGCCGCGUCCUCGCCCUCGCGGCCGCCAUCCCGCCCGGCGAGCAGAUCUUCGACGAGAGCGUCAUGUUCCGCGACCCGGACGCGCUGACGCUGAAGGAGGACUUCCGCAACCGCUUCCGCAACGUCAGCCGCAUCAUGGACUGUGUGGGGUGCGACAAGUGCCGGCUGUGGGGCAAGCUGCAGACCGCGGGCUACGGCACUGCGCUGAAGGUGCUGUUCGAGUUUAACGAGACGGAUGCGAGCAGCGAUCCGCCGCUGAGGAGGACGGAGCUGGUUGCGCUGGUCAACACGCUGGAUCGGAUCAGUCACUCGAUUAGCGUUAUCCAGAAGUUUAGGGCCAUGGUUGAGCAGAGGGAGGCGGGUAAGGUUGCGGCUGCGCAUGGUGCUGCCGGUGGCAAGGUAAGGGGGACUGCGGAGGUGAGGGGGAAGAAGGCAGAGCGCGGUGUUGCAGAGGACGACGGCUACCCCGAAGCUCCCAAGCAGCGAAGACAAAUCCAUGAACAGACCCUCAGCGAGGCGUUCUGGGACGAGUGGUACAGGGUCUGGCGGACCUUUGCCUAUGUGAUCAGGAGCUGGUUCAACAUCCCCGGCAAGGUACUUGAGAUCUUGCUCGAGGAAACUAACAGGCUGUACAGCUUCUGGCUUGGUCUGCCGGUCGGACCGAGGAAGUGGGAGAUUAGGCUGCCGAGCAGGGAUGAGAUUUGA